AACGCCAAACAGACCUCUCCACCAAUAGCGGCGCUUUAUGGAAGGUGUGGGUGGGGGUAGUUUUGGACGUAAUGUCGCAGAUGACCAACAGGGGCAGCAGUGUGCUAAUUCAAUGUAAUAAGUCGUCAAAAAGGCAAAGCAGUGUUUAUGUAGGUCAAAUGACGUCGGCGGUGCUUUGUUUUGGGUUCAUUAAUAGAAAUCACAUGUGAAAUUACACCAGAAAUUGCGAGAAAUUAUAACUCGACGCUUUUUUUUUUACCGAGCUUCAGGCGUGACGGGAGACAUGACGAAUUACGGAGAGCUAUGGAGAGUAGAUUCAGCGGCGUUUUAAACGAGAUCGAAGAGCUCACGAGAUUUUCCUACGCGGAGAAAACUUUCCAAACCGAGAGGUCUAAAACACUUUUUGAGGAGAUUCGUGCCUCCAUAAACAACAAUGACGAGGAGGAUCGCUCCUUCUGGAGGCCCGUGCUUCCUUGGGGGGGCGUCUUCGCCAUUAAGGCAGGGCGGAAGGCCAUAUCCUGCAUCCCUCUGUAUGUGGAGGUCCAACUGAAAAACACAUGCACCAUUGAUGGCUUCCUCAUGAUCCUGUAUGUGAUCCUGCGAGACAACCAGGGCUUCCACAGGGAGCUGGCAGUCUUCCUCGGGAAGCAGUUUGUGGAUCAUUUCCUCUACCUGAUGGACUCCUGUGACUACACCACAGUGAAGAUGCUGUGGAUCUGGAACAGGAUGUCUAAGAGACAGUACCGCUCAGAGAUCCACCAGGCAGCCCUAGAGAUCGACCUGUUUGGGAAUGAGCAUGAGAACUUCACCGAGAACCUGGAGAACCUCAUGUCUACCACUCAGGAGAGCCUUUGCACCAACAGAGACUGUGAGGGUCGCUUUCAGAAGGUCAAGAAAACCACCAUCAACAUCAGCCCUCCUCACGAGCUUCCUCACAAAGACCCCAUCCAGUCUGCAGUGGAUGAAUUCUUCUGCCCCAAACUCCUACUCUGCUCAGAGCUAGGCUGUGAUGGACUGAGGGAGUUUUCUCAAAGGGUUUUCUGCCAUGGACCUCCUCCCUUUGUGAUCCUCAACAUGCAACAGUGGAGAUACCUGCUAGAGGGCGCCACACUCUUCAAUCGGGAGGAGCAUCACUACUCGGCAGCUUUCCAGAUAGACGGCUGCUGGAUGCACUAUGACGGUCUUAGAAGCGAUAAUCUGAUCCUGCUGCAUAAGCCGCCAGAGCUCCUUCUGCUGUCCUCCUUGGUCUACAUCCGUGCAUCUGAUAAGUGAAGGCUUUGAGUCACCGUUGGAUGAUGCAGCAUCGUAUAGAACACACCAGUCAUGCUGUGUUUUGUCUUUUACUGUUAUUCCUGUUUUUUGCCAUUAUAUAUCUGUUUUGUUUGUUUGUUCUACGAUUUAAUGGUCUGAGUAUGCUUCCUUUGAUAGAAUUACUCAUGUCCGUUUUAGCUGAUUGCUUACUGCAAAUGUGUUGUGCAUAAUUACAUAUUUUAUGGAAGCAUGCUUGGAAUCCAAGAGUAAAAUGGACUAUAAUAGUUCUGGGUUGAGAUCUGGGGGAUCUUAAAAGUGAACUCAUCCCUUUUUAAAGUGACUGUUUUUCCCCUCAUUAAAUAUGAUGAAUAAAUGUUUUUCAACCAUCAUUUAGGAGUGCAUGUUGUACAGUAUAACUGAGAAACAAUUCCUGUUGGCAGGAAAACUGAAAUAAUGCAAAAACACGUGAAACCUUAAACUAAGAAUCUUUGUUAGUGCAGCUUUUUUUCUUUUAUUUUCGUCAUUUAUCCUCCUCUGUUAAAGCUUGAGAAAACCUUUGCGAGUAAUCAAAUCCUUUACCUAUAGCAGUUUAGAAACCAUUUGAAUCUUUCAGGUUAAAGUUGUCUGGUAUUUAGAGUAAUUUUAUUUCAGUUCCACACCUGCAUGUUUUGUAGAAAGGUCUUUUGCCCUGCAACUCUGCCAUAGAAAACACCAAAGAUCAUGCAGAACCCUGCCAGUGCUAUCUAGAAAUCUCUGCAGCUCUUUUAGUGCAGCCAUAAGCUUCCUGGAUCAGAUUUCACCUGUUAUUUUUACCUCUUUCUAAAAAAAAACAAAAAACAUCCAGUUAACCAGGGAAGGAAAAUCCUCCCAGGCCAGGUUAUCUUUAUUGUGGGUUUAUCAGAUUCACUGCAGAUGGAAACACAAGAAGGCAUUUCAAGAAAUUUUAUAAACACUAAUGUAACCCUGAUGUUAAACCUUUUUUUUGUCUCAUCCAGCAAAUGUUUGCUUCUUAAUUUAAUCCUACAGGAAAUGCUACAGGGUAACAUGUUUUUCAUGAGAUAUACGGCCUCACAAUCUGUAAACCAGUCAAUAAAUAGUUUUUACAUUUCCAACAUUGAUGAAUCUCGGUAUAUACCUAAAAAAAAAAAAAAAAAAAAAAAGCUGUUAAGUUGGAUUUUAUUAUGUGUUUCUGCUCCAGAACAAUUUCAAUGAUCUGUUUGAUUAUCACCAGGAAACUGGUGCUCUGAUUUCACCUUGCCUUUUUAAAUCUGUUUAAGUUGAUUUUAUUCUGUAUUAAUUAGUGUGAAUGUUGAAACAGUCGGUAUUAGAUGCAAUUUUUUUUUCUAUUUCUCACCUUAGAAGGUUCAUCUAGUUAAUUUGAGCUUUAAGACAUAAAGCACACAAUGAAUUCAAGCUGAAAAGUUCACAUCUCCACUGUUUUGCAACUCCAAUGUUAAGCAUAAUGCAGAUUUUCUGGUCCUCUAAAAAUUACUGUUAUCACGUAGUGCCUCUGCCAAGAAAGCUCCUCAGACCUGCUUGUGGUUAAUCUUUUUUUUUCUGCAGAUAUUGUCUUAAUAAAAAUAAAUAUGAAUAUUUUAUGAAUAUAUGUACCUGAUUUUUUGUUUCCUCAUUCAUGCACGGAAAUAAAAAAAAAACAAUAAACAUGCAUGGCUUUUAUUUAAGGCAGGCAUUUAUUUUUUAAUCUGGGUACAACCGCACCACACAAACUGACUAAAAUACAUGUAAAAUGACUUCAAAUAAAGAGUGAUAAAAUGUGAAAAGCUACAGUUUCCGUUACACAUAAUGUAAUCUUUGACUUCCAGCAUUAGUCCACUAGAUUUUUUAUAUUUUUACAUGUUGAGACUGGAGAACACAGACAGUAGGAAUGUAAAAAA